AGGUAUAGUCAAAUCUCACGUUUUGCACAGAAUCAGCAUCAAAGCGAGUAGGCCAUAAAAUCUGUAAUUCCACUAGAUUGCACCGCGAAACUCUAACCAAACCCAUUUCGUCUUAUCGUUGACCAUCUGACCACGCACCUAUCGGGGCCGCCCGUCGCCUAUCAGCGGCUUUGCCGGGAUCACUUGAGUUGACCGGUAGCUGUCUCGUCCAACCAGAAACGCGCAUUUUUGGGGACCCUUCCGCCAACCGUAGAAAUGGUCGCCGAAAAAGCACCCGAAGCUCGAGCAACGUGGACAAUUUGACCCUGUCUCAAAGAGAAAGAUAGGCACAACAGGACGACCCACCGUCCGAGGUCGGAUCAACCAGUAGUUCCGCCAGGCCCGCCCAUGUCCGUCAGGCAUGCCAGCCAGACCUGGUGACCGGACAGAUCGUAUCACCGACGAACAAAAAAGAGUCGAAACCCCGCACCACAACCACUCAACAACUCAACACCAUCCAGAGCAACAGCCAAGUUCAUAGAAUCCGUAGCCAUGGCCCUCGACAUCCUGACCAAGAUCACCUCCGCCUUCGGGCAUGACCUCAAACACAACAGCAACCAGUUUGACGAGCUCGUGUUGGCACUGAAGGAGGCACUUGGCCCAUCGUCGGGGUUGGACUCCGCCGACGUCGACGUCAACGAGCUGAUGAAGCUGAUGGAGGAGUAUAACACGAAGGAAAGCGACUGGAUACAGUUCGCAUUUGCGGAAAAGAGCAUGGGAUACACCCGCAACCUCGUCGAUGAGGGCAACGGCAAGAGCAACCUCCUUGUGCUUGUCUGGUCCCCAGGCAAAGGCAGUCCCAUCCAUGACCACGGCAACGCCCACUGCCUCAUGAAGAUCCUUAAAGGCGACCUGACUGAGAUCCGAUAUGCCUUUCCCGAGGGUGGCGAAGAGCAACCAAUGAAGGUCAUCUCUGAAAGAACACACAAAGAGAAUGCGGUGGCGUACAUGGCAGACGAGCUUGGUGUCCACCGAGUCUGUAACAGGGGCAGCGACUUCGCUGUGUCCCUCCACCUCUACACCCCCCCCAACGUUGCAAAGGGGGGAUGCAACAUCUUCAAUGAGAAGACAAGCAAGAGCAGCCAUGUGGCCAAGUGUGGCUACUACUCGGCGUACGGCCGCCGACUGCCGACGCAGUAGAUGGUAUAGUGCCGAUGGCGUUCGAUAUCGUUCUGGGCGUUCGCGUAUUUGGCUUCGGAGACGACCCGAGCUUGGAGACGUUCUGUUUGAUACAAGACUGAGAAUGCCGAGAGCCGUAGAGCGCUUGUCGGUUGAUUGAUGACUGAUGAUGGAAUGACCGAUCUAUCCACCACAUAGAGUGGAUAGGUACCGACGAGGAGCUCAACCUACCGCGUUUCCGUAUGUUUUUUGGACACCAAAGGAUAGCGAAUUCAACAGACAAUAAACUGAGAAGCGAAAUUUUGAAUGAAGUGAGGUUGUGAAGGUGCA